GUGGCAACCCUGCUGCAAUUCUGUUGCUUUUUGUUGUUCCCUUCCGCUGAGCCGGCUAAAUUGUUUAUAUUCAAUUGUUUAACCGUCUGUCGAUCGCACGAAGUCAUGGCCAGCAACGAGCCCGGUGGCGGGAACCUGAUGGACGAGUUCGAGGAGGCCUUCCAGUCGUGCCUGCUGUCGCUGACCAAGCAGGAGCCCAAUUCCGGGACCAACAAGGAGGAGAUCGAGCUGGAGGUGCAGAAGACCACCAAUCGCUUCAUAGACGUGGCCCGUCAGAUGGAGGCCUUCUUCCUGCAGAAGCGCUUCCUCGUCUCCACGCUGAAGCCCUACAUGCUGAUCAAGGACGAGAACCAGGACCUGAGCAUCGAAAUCCAGCGCAAAGAGGGCCUGCUCCAGAAGCACUACAAUCGCCUCGAGGAGUGGAAGGCCUGUCUGUCGGACAUCCAGCAGGGCGUACACAGUCGCCCCACCCCGCCCAUCGGAGCCGGGAUGCUGCAGGGUCCCGGCGGCGGAAUGCCACCCAUGGGCGGAGCACCACCACGACCAGGAAUGAUGCCCGGAAUGCCGCCGGGAGCAAUGCAACCAGGCGGACCCAUGCAGCCAAGUCCACAGCACAUGCUGCAGGCCCAGCAGAUGCAGCAGCUCCGCAUGAUGGGCAGGCAGAUGCCCCCGAAAUAAGCACGGCGCUCCCUUCGUUUUAGCUUGUAAUUUUGUAUAGACCCGGCUUAGUCUACUUGUAUCUCGUCUAGUUAAAUAAACUGAUUAUAUAUCCUGGAUUUAUUUUAACCAGGAUCAUUCCAAAUCUUUCUUUAAAGUACCUCCUAAGCGGUAUCCUUUUUUGGAGGACUUGUAGCUAUAUCCCGCCCACAUCCUUAAAACAUUCAAGUUGAGGAGAAAAUUUUGUUACGCAUUUAUUUUAAUAUCUGUGCCAUUUAUUUUUGUUAUCUUGUCGCGUGUUAAAUAAUUUCCUGCUUCUCCUAGCCGGAUCCGCACUAUGUAUUUAUGUAUGUAUAUAGCCAUGGUCUAUAUUCUGUAUGUUAUGUGUUUAAAUCAUACGCUGUAUUUUUGUUUUUUUACUUGUAUCUAAUGUAAGUCUACACAUGAAUUAGGACAGUUUUGAACUUAGAUGAGUUGAUAGAAAGUAUAAUCUUAUGCGCUCGGUUAUGGGUAAUAGGUAAUCGGUAAUGGUAAUAAGAUAGGAUAAACCACAUUUGUAACUUUAGUCCAAAGGAAAUGCCGACAAGGUCGACGAAUUACCUACGAUUAAAUUAAAGAGUGCAACCAUA